AUGAGCCACAAGAAGACCACCAAAUCCACUCAGCCUGAUUCUGGAGGUGAUGCUACGAAUCACCUUUCUUUACCGUACGAAACGGGGGCUUUUGCCGGCAACUCUGACGGAGCUCGCUCCCCAAACCUCAGCGAAGAUUCGUAUCCAAGCGGAUCUCAACGCUCCAGCUCUUACUCUCCUCCCCAAAGGUCAUCAUCCGCUGCAAAGACAAUUCGUACCCAUUCCCGAACGGCCAGCGGUGUGCGUGUCGACGACUUGUCUGUUGUUGUCACCGAACAAAUGGGCAUGGUCACUAUUCACGAACGCCCCGCUACAACCAUCAACUCAACGGUCGGCAAACACUUCGAAGUAGAUGAACCCUCUGGGCGGAUUUGCAAGCAUUCAGUUUCCUACUUUUCAACAAGUUCCCAAAAGCAAGUCAAAAACAGAGCUCUCAAGCGCCAAUUGUUGCAGAAAGUUCUUGAGCGUCAUCUCACCGAUUCUGGUGGCACCAAACCAAUCGUUGAAGGAAUUGAUGCAAUCUACUCCAAGAAUCCUCUGCAUUCAGGUUUGCAAGCGGCGCCGUCUGAGAUGUUUUUUGACAUCACGCACCAACCGAAGUCGUCAGAGGAAGGAACCAACUUUCGAAUUCGAGUACUUCGCCAACCGGACGUCAAGUUCGAUAAUCUCGCAAAGAGCUUACAGAAUUGCGAGUGCAGCGGUACCAGCGCAUGCUCUGCCCAAGACUGUUUCCACACCCUGAACAUCUUGUUACGAUCGGUUUUGAGCCAGAGUGAGGGAUGGUUCUGCGUCAACAAGAACCUAUGGCUUUCCAAGGAGGCGAUGAGCAUUGACGCCGAAGUCGAGACGAGCCAAUACGUCAAACUGCAUGACGGCAUGACUUUUUCCAUCGAUCUUACGGAGAAGAAGUGCGGUUCUCCUUCCGAUCGCAAGCUGAUGCUGACCGUCAGCCCUCGUCCAACGCUGUUUGUGGAAGCCUGCAACCUUGGGGUUUUCUACGCCGAUUACAUCGACAACUUCCAAGAAGACGCCGCUAACAAGGCCAAAGCCCUUCGCUCAUUCAUCAAAAGGCUAGAAGUUACCCAGGCAUACAAGCCGUCUCGGGACGAUGGAGCACCCAGGAUUAUCAGAGCUCCGCAGAGCCCGAGGGACCUCCCGUCAAACGCCCGUCGACGCCAAAUAGUUUCCCUUGGUCAGAGUGCCACGGAACAGAAAUUCAAGCUUGACGAAGCUGGAAUGGCCACUGAAGAAAUCUCCGUGAGCUGCUACUUCGAGCAGUACUACGGCUACAAGCUCAGAUUUCCAAAUCUCCCCGUGGUGAACGUUUGGGACAGUGCAAAGAAGAUUUGGAUCCCAAUGGAGCUGCUUUGGGUUAAAGAGCAGCCAGUCUUCAAGUUCCCGCCCCUCCAGAUGAAAGACGGAUUCAAGCCCAUUCACAUGAAAUGUGAAGAGUCGGUUCGCAAUUUUGAUGCCAACCUCAGCGACAAGCACAGUAAGGUUGUGAAACUUCUCAAUCCCACAUUGCUGAAGGAUGCCUUUGGGAUUACAUUCAAAUCAGAAGCAGAGAAUAUCACAGCCUACUUUGUGGACUCUCCACCUGAAGGACCCCAGGAGAAGCAUAGGCACGUCAAGGACAAGCGAAUCAAGGCUCCAAAGUUUGCAGAUUCUCCUCAAAUGGUCCGCUUCUUGACUCUGAAGUCUGGAUUGGAGCGGCAUACUAGGAAAGAGCAAGAGGUUUUUGAGGGAGCCUGCAAAAAGCUGCUCGUAGCUUUUCAAACGGAGGGGGGCCUCUGCGACGAGCCAAAAGCAGCAUAUGACUACGACACUUUCCAAUCGUUCCUUGGAGCAGUCGACAAUGCAGAAUCACCCCUCAAGCGAUUCUCUCCAAAGAGUGACAUGUUGCUCCUCGUCGGUCUUGAUGCGGCCAAGGAGGGGCAGGCAGAUACCCAAGCCAGGAUUAGAUGUUGGUGUGACAAGAACAACGUUCCAACGGUUUUCUUUGACGUUCAGAAAUUCCAGGAAAACAUGAAGCAUUGGGAAAGGAGUGAGAAGGGGACUAACGUGCCGGAGAUCAGACAAGCGGUGGGGUAUGCCAGAGCUCUUGUCACGAAGGCUGUCCACAGGUGCGCCGGUCGGGUUCCGAGUACUCAGGAAAUCAACCCAGCCGACCGUGAAGACCUCAAGAAGCUUCUGAAAGAGACAAUGGUGGUUGGAGCGUCUUUGACUUCUGGCCAGAGUGAUCCAUCGGACGAUCUGCCUUCAAUCGCAGCAGUCACGACAAGCCUGGGAGACGACUUCGUCCAGUAUCAGGGCCGCUUCCGCCUACAAAAGUCUGGGCAGAAGACAAUUGUGAAUCUCAGCGACAUGUUGAAGGAGAUGCUAUCCGAAUACGCACAAGCCCAUGGUAAUCGGCUGCCAGAGUCGAUCCUCUAUUUGCGGGAAGGUAUUUCAAAGGACCACUUUCACCUCAUCAGAAAUGAUGAAAUCCGCAAGAUAGCGGAUGCCUUCAACGAGCUUUGCACACAAAAGCCGCAGCUGGUCGUGUCAAACGCGGCGCCAAACAUCACCUUCAUCGCUCUCUCAAAGCGUGCAAAGCCCAGAUUCUUCCCCGACGGUGAUAGGAUCGCACGAUUGACGGCCAAAAAUCUGAAAGAGGGGAUAGUCGUCGACGCCAUGGACAUUCAGGUACCGACUGCGAAGGGGCGGGAGUUCGACUUCCAUCUCCAGUCACACUCGAAUUCCUGCGACAGUGCCAAGCAGUGUGGCUUCAUCUCCAACACUCAUUACUAUGUGCUGAAGCACGAAAAUGGAUGGUCCCAGGAGGAGGUUGAGCGCAUUGUGAGUCUAACUUUGCCCGAUUCUGGAUUGCUGUGGGACUAA